GAUGCUUUGCCGCCCUUUUAAAUAUUAAAAACAUUAAAUCAAGUAAUUUUUGGAUAAAUGCUUUAAUUUUUAAUAAAACAUAUUGAUUCGCUUAUCUGCAAUUGAAGUAAAAGACAAAAAAGUAUAAGUCAAUGCCAAAUGCAAUUGGAAGCGAAUGAUUUACGCACAGCAAAACGGAUUCUGGUCAAGUUGGUCGAGGAAGCAUUGCUUGAGUACGAACAAAAUUUAGCUGAGCUGGAUGAACCUUCAAAUACGGAUGGGCACUUAAACCACCUAAUUCUGCAACUGAAGGCACUUCUGGGCGAAGUCCUUGUUGAAGCGUUAGGCAUUUUGGACGAACAAAGUAUACAGUUAUAUAGCUAUGACAACAGUGAGAUUGCGGAAAUACAAAUAAAACGCCAACAACACACAAACACAUUUUGGUUAUUCCCACGCGUUAACUAUUGCACAUGUGAUCAAUUCAAGGAGGGUGUAUUGGGAGUAGCAGACCAACUGCAAACAGUAAGCUCAACUCCUUCAAGUGAGAAGUUGAAAAACAGAUAUACGUGCGCACAUGUUUUGGCGCUACGUCUGGCACAAGUGUUGCGCCCAGCUCCGUUAACUUUCAAAGUGGAAGCAGUGACAAAGCAGCAAUUCAAGAAUUUGCAAGAUCGGAUGUAUUGCAGUUACUUGGACGUAUUUAAGGAAGGCUUGGGUUAA